GUGUUUCGCUGUUUCUCUUGUUGCGUGUUGAUUUGGCUCUCCACGAUCGCCUACUUCCCCAGAUCCCCUUUUCCUUUCGUUGUACCUUUUCAACAGGGCCACCUGCGAACUGGAGCUCUUAUUCACUUCACAAAGUCAUUUUCACUCAGAGCAGAAAGCUGGUCAACAUGGCGGCUGCUCAAGUAAUCUCCAAUUCUGGGCACGAUGACAUGAUUCACGACGCUGGUCUGGACUACUAUGGCCGCCGAUUGGCGACAUGUUCUUCGGACAAAACAAUAAAGAUUUUUGAGAUUGAAGGAGAGACACAUCGAUUGAUCGAGACCUUGAAAGGACAUGAAGGUGCAGUGUGGUGCGUCGCAUGGGCGCACCCCAAAUUUGGCACCAUUCUAGCUUCCUCGUCAUACGAUGGGAAGGUACUCAUUUGGCGCGAACAACACCAGAAUGCCACGUCACCCAUUAGCGGCGGAGCUUGGACGAAGGUAUUCGACUUCUCUCUCCAUACUGCUUCGGUGAACAUGGUCUCCUGGGCCCCGCAUGAGAGUGGCUGUGUCUUGGCCUGCGCCUCCUCAGAUGGACAUGUUAGUGUGCUUGAGUUCCGCGACAACAGCUGGACCCACCAGAUCUUUCAUGCUCAUGGCAUGGGAGUGAAUUCAAUCAGCUGGGCACCUGCUGCCUCCCCUGGCAGUUUGAUCAGCUCCAAUCCUGGACCAGGCCAGCAGCGGAGAUUCGUCACCGGUGGAAGUGACAACCUGCUGAAGAUCUGGGACUACAACGCCGAAUCCAAGACCUACAACCUCACACACACUUUAGAAGGCCACUCUGACUGGGUUCGAGAUGUUGCUUGGUCACCUAGUAUCCUUUCCAAGUCCUACAUUGCCUCUGCAUCUCAAGACAAAACAGUCCGAAUUUGGACAUCCGAUGCGUCUAACCCUGGUCAGUGGGCCAGCCAGCAACUUGAAUUCGAUACUGUGCUCUGGCGGGUCAGCUGGAGUCCCAGCGGAAAUAUUCUUGCGGUGAGUGGCGGCGAUAACAAAGUCAGCCUGUGGAAAGAAAAUCUUAAGGGGCAAUGGGAGAAGGUAAAGGAUAUCGAGGAGUAGAGUUUCUAUCUUCGUUUCAUUAACUUCUGUUCUUCAUUCCUCGCGCGAUAAUGGAUAAAUUGGAUGUCCGCCGUGUAUUUCAUCCAACCGAGAUGUUGCUUCGAGAAAAAAAUCAAGAUAAUCCGAAAGAAUGUAUAUAAUUAGUCACUGCUUCCAGAAGAGAAAAGGGCCCCUAUCCGCUGUAUUCACC